AAAAUGAUGCUGAGCUUGUACCUGUAGAUCGCAUAAAUCGACUAUUGAAAGUCAACCAAGAGGUAAGUUGCAGUUGAUAAUAAGCCAAGGAAGGGUUUGACUUGACACCAUCAUGCCUAUUAUUCAGCUUGGACCUAUGGUACAUGAUGAUUUUGAAGACACUGAGUUACGACCUAAACGUGAAAGUCUUCCGCAACCAUACAUUAUCCAUGAGCUACCUCAACCCCGCUUGCAAGUUGAUGCUUCUUCGUCUGCAUUGACUGAGGAAAACACGACGCCUAGUGGUAUAGUUGAUGCAGAAGAAUUGGAUAUCCAAAUUAUUCCCACUAUCGAGACGGAGGACUUGGUAACUCCGUUGGUGGAUAUAGACAAGGUCGAAUCCAGCUCACUUUCACCUCUUCCAGUGAGAAAUUCGUUCAUAGAGCAAUCAUCGGCUCUGUCGGCAGAGGAAGUCGAUCAGACGGACAUUCAAGAGGAGAUGGAAGCUGUAAAUGACUCCGUCCCUUCAGGAACGACUGAUCAACUUAUUGUAGAUGUCACUGAGACAUUGGUAAUGACACCUCAUACAAACAAUGAAGCUGUUUUGGAGGUUUCAGAAACACCCACUCCUUCCGUAUCUCCCAUAGACGACAAGGAAGAUAAAACGGUCAUGGAUAAUUCUUCGGAGGCGGUUCAGGUGACGGAGGAGAAUCAAUUGGCAGGUACAGCGCCGACGGUUGCGCAGACUGUUGAUAUCUCUUCAGAUGUCAAGGCUGAUACAGCCAACAUCUCCAGCGAGUCACAAAAUUUACAGAAUAAUCCUCAACGGCCUACACAUGCUCGCCGUACAUCCGUUGCUCAGGUCGCGCAAUCCUAUCUCGGUGAUAAACUUGAAGAUCUUACUGAGAAGUUGACCUUUAUCAAGAAGAACAUCAUUAUGAGUCUUGAAGAGGAUGAAGAUGAGGAAGAUGAAUUUGCGGCCUCUACCUAUACACCACGCCCAUCCAAGUCUCAGCAGAUGCGUCCGCGGCCCAUGCCAAAGCCUCAUUCAACAACAAGUGAAACGCCAGUUUCGCAGAGACCACAACGGAAUUCAUCACUACCAAAGUCAAUGACAAGCCAGAAACCACAGCAGGACUAUCCUCAAUCUCCACAAACACCUAGACCAUCCGUGGAGCGUUUUAACUCUUUCCAAGAAGAGGCCUCAGCUUCAUUUUCUCGUAUUUUCAGCAAGAUCACCUCAACCAACGAUAGACCAUCAUUCUCCCCAUCUUCCUUCUUUGCCGCCCUGGCUGGUACAGAAGAGGAAACUGGCCCAUCCUCACCGCUGCCCCCACAAUCUCCUGCACCCAGUAGUGAGAUACGUACUGCACCAACCAGGACCUCCAGCCGUGGUUACGUUGACCAGCAGAAGAUGGAUGUGCGUAAUGCCGAACAGCGAGCGCAAGCAUUGCGAAGACCUGGCGCACGCAAUAGUAUUAACAUGUUUGAGGAGGGUCAAGCUGAUCAGGAAGGUGAAGUUGUCUUCGAUUUCGGAAAGGUUCUGGAGAUGGGACGUACUUUUGGCAAAUCGUUGGGUGGGGAUGUGGUGCAGAACGGCCUCAAGGUGUUCAACGACGUGUCAGAUCGGAUGAAGAAACGAAGAGGAAGCGGCGAAGAUAAUUGGUUAGGCAGAGACAGCUGGCUGUAGUUAUAUCCAUUCAUUUUAUUACAUGAUACAUUUUUUCUCCUCUGACACCAUACCAUUCAAAAAAACCAAAAAACAACGUAUACCCAA